CCGCGCGUGGCCCCGCCCUGUGAAGCCCCGCCCCUAGUCCGUGUUCCUGCGACCCCGACGGCCCGCGCGUAACCCCCCCUCCCCGAAGAAGGGAGUAGCGCUGGCCUCCAAGAUGGCGGCCAUGGCAACGGCGUCCGGGCAGCAGCAGAGUGACUGCUGUUUCAGUACUCCAGAAAUUGAAAGUCAACACUUUCAAUUUCAGAACUGGACAGUUAAAGCUGAUCAAGCUAAGAAAGCUGAAUUCAUAAGAACAGCAGAAAAACUAAAAAAUCAACUUGUGAAUAUAGAAAAAGACAAAAAUGGUCAUCUCUACAGCAAGAAGAGUGAUUUCAGGGUGGAAUACAGCAUACUGGAAGAACUGGAACAUAAAAUGACUAACAACAGGAAAGCUGACAAAGCAAAAAUCCAGCAACAACUAGCAAAAAUACACAAUAAUGUUAAGAGACUUCAACGACAAUUGAAAGAUGUGAAGCCUACACCGGAAUUCGUUGAAAAGCUCAGGGAAAUGAUGGAAGAAGCUGAAAAUGCAAUAAAUGGUUUUAAAGAAGAACAGCGACUAAUAUAUGAAGAGCUUAUGAAGGAGGAGAAGAUUUCUACUAAUGAGCUCAGUGCCUUACAGAAAAAAAUUGACACAUGGGCACUGGGUAGUUCAGCCAUAGAAAGAGUUUUCAGGUUACCAUCAGGCAAGGUUCCAGUAGACAAAACACUGCAAAAUCAUCUACCUGAAGAAGUAGUAGAAUUUGAAAGGUUCCUUCAGCAAACAGGAGGACGACAAGGAGGCUGGGAUGAUUAUGAUCAUCAACACUUUUUGAAAGUAUGGACAAAACAUAAAGGAAAGCCAUCCUAUAUAGAAGAAGCCCUUGAGUAUCUCUCUGGAAGAACAAAAGAGGAUAUUCAACAGCAUGAGACAUGGUAUCAAGAAUUUCUGAUUUUAGAGGAAAGAAAAAAAGAGUCUAUUGAAAAGUGGAAAAUGAAGAAGCAACAAGAAAAACAAGAAAUCUUAAAGCAAAAGCAGAAGUCAGAGAAAAUGCUCAAAACAGAAAAUCUUCAACAAGAAGCAGCUCAGAAGCAAAAAGCAGAGAAGGAAAGGAAAAAGCAACAAGCAGCUGUCGAAGCGUGGAAAAGACAUAAAGACAUAGAAUUUGCAAUGAAACAAGCAUCUCGACUGAAAGAGGAAGAAGAGAGGGAGAAAAAGCAGCAGAAGGAACGCCAGCGCCAGUUCCAACUGAAGCUACUGCUAGAAAAGUACACUCGGCAGAAGGAGGAACAGGAGGCGCUCCAAAGACUUGAAAAGGAGAAGAGGGAGGAGGCUGAAAGGGAAGAGAGGAAGAGAAUUGCUGCCGAAGAAAUUUCUAAGUUUCAAGAGCGAGAUCUUCAUAAACUUGAAGUAAAGAUUCUAGAAAAGCAGGCAAAAGAGGAGGAAAAAAUAGAAAAAGAAAAAAGACUGGCAAAGUUAAGAGAGAAGGUUGAAGUUCACGUAACCAGAGACCCAUCUAGACUGUACAAACCUACCAAGGGUUGGGAGGAACACACAAAAGAGAUUGGACCAACAGAUGUGCAGCCACUUUUACAUAUUCCACAUAGGGCUAUCCCAACCUGGAGACAAGGGUUAUAGCUGAACAUCUGCAUAUAUGAGAAGAUGAAUUACAUACAAAUAAAGUGACCAACUGGGUCCUUAGAAAUUUUCAUAAAACUUUUUUAUGUAAUAAAGAAUAUUGUGUAUUAUUA